UUAAAUAAAACAAGUCACACUCCACUUAUCAGUAAGUGCUUCAUCAAGUCAACUCAGUGCUAACCAUUCCAUUUAAUGCAGUGCUAACCAUUCCAUUUAAUGCAAAGCCUCCACGUUUUAUUUUGUUCACAUCAAAAUCUUCACUCCUCUAGGAUUCCUUUCAAUUCAUUCAGGUGAAAAACACCAUAGAACAUAGAAAAUAAGAGAUCCAAAUGGAGAUUGAGGACACACCAGACAGAGUAUCUAUUGGGUUUCCUCUUGGUUUAGCCCUGCUCGUUGCCUUGUUAUUAUUCAUCUGCUGCUUCUUCUGCUGUUGUCUACACUGGGACAAGCUUCAAUCUUUGCUUCAAUCUUAUGGAUUUAUAAUCAACGACACUCAUGCUGAUCAGAUACAAGCACACUUCACUUCCUCUAGCCCAAAACCAGGGUACCCUGUUCUGAAGCUGAUACAGAGGAACCAUGGUCCGAGCUUGCCUGUGUUGAUGCCAGGAGAUGAAGUACCAAGAUUCAUAGCACUAGCAUGUCCAUGUCAGCCUCCAACGGAAGAAAGGAUCAUUGUUCACGUGCAGAAGGAUGGUUUUUGCAGUGGGAACUAAAAAGAGUUCAUGUUUCCAAUUCAAUUAUUAAAUUUGAGAAAGCUACUCAGCUCCCAUGGAAUUAAGUUGAGGAACAAACAAAAAUCAAGUCUCAGAGUCAAGCUCAAAUAUCUCUGGAUAAUAUGUAUAGCUUUGUGAUGCAUGAGAUGAUCAAACAUUAGCUCGUGGGAUCAAAAUAGUGGUCCAUCGCCAGAAACAUUGAACUUCCAAGCCCAUUUUAUGUCUUGCUGUUUCUUUUAGCCUAAAUUGUGAAUAAGUGUGGAAACAUGGUAGAGUAGAGAAAUUAAUAAGAAUAUGUUCAUUUGGUGUGGAAAAAGUGAUUAUAACAAGUUCAAACAUUGAACGCAGGAAAAUGUUCAUUUGUAAAGUACAAAGUUGUGUUGGGAUAACUGGAGCUAAUGAUUUUUUGUUGUUGUAAUGAUUCAUUAAA